GAACAAACUAGCUGUCAAUAAAAACACACACACACAAUACACACACCUGUAUGUAGAUCCCAUACACUAACCAUAAAAGGCAAGCAUCACCCUGAGUGGUUGGAAAAACACAGCCAGUUUGAGAGGCAAAGUGCAGGGGCUGUAAAGUAGGGAGCGAGCAUUACAGCCACUCCGACACCAUCUGCUCAAUCCUGUAGCACUUCUCUUCUGCCUCUCUCUUUCUAGGUCCCUGGUUCGUCAGCCGCCAUCAUGCCACAAAUCGAAGUAAAGAGCGACGUUAAAAAAGUCCUCAAUAAAACCACACCAGGUCUGCAGAUAUGGAGAGUGGAGAAAAUGGAACUAGCACCUUGCCCACCUAAAACAUAUGGACAGUUUUAUGAAGGAGACAGCUACUUAAUACUACAUACACAAAAGACCAACAACACCUUCACCUAUGACAUUCACUACUGGCUGGGCAAGGCGACCUCCGUGGAUGAGCAGGGGGCCGCAGCCAUUUAUACUACCAUGAUGGAUGAGCACCUGGGGGGCACUGCAGUGCAACAUCGGGAGACCCAGGGCUAUGAGAGCCCCACUUUCCUAGGCUAUUUCAAACAAGGCAUCAUUUAUAAGAAGGGUGGAGUAGCUUCAGGGAUGAAGCAAGUGGAAACCAACACGUACAAUGUCCAAAGACUGCUGCAUGUGAAGGGUAAAAAGAAUGUGAUUGCAGGGGAGGUGGAUAUGAGCUGGAACAGCUUUAAUAAAGGCGACGUGUUCCUGUUGGACCUGGGAAACAUCAUAAUCCAGUGGAAUGGCCCGAAUAGCAAUCGGAUGGAGAGGCUAAGGGGAAUGAAUUUAGCAAAAGAUAUCCGUGACCGAGAGAGAGGAGGUCGAGCACAAGUAACAGUGGUGGAGGGAGAGAAUGAGGAUUCUUCUAAGGAUGCCAUGAAACUUAUGAAAAAGGUCUUGGGUGAACAAAGGACCAUUAAAGAAGCCAUUCCAGAUGAGGUGGUGGAUGAGAAAAUAAAGUCUAGCAUCAAACUCUUUCACAUUUCAGAUGCUGAUGGUAAUCUGUUAAUACAGGAAGUGGCCAUGAAGCCACUAACACAAGACCUUCUAAAUCCGGAGGACUGUUAUUUGCUGGAUCAGGGUGGACUGCGUAUCUUUAUCUGGAAAGGCCGUAAGUCAUCCAAAAGGGAGAGGUCAGAAGCACUAGAGAAAGCUGAGGGAUACAAAAAGGCCAAAAAUUAUCCUCCGUCUACGUAUGUGGAGACAGUAAAUGAUGGUUCGGAGUCUGCUGUGUUUAAGCAACUCUUCCAGAAAUGGACAGUGAAGGGUCAAACUACUGGAUUGGGCACAACACAUACUGUAGGGAAAAUAGCCAAAGUUGAACAGGUAAAGUUUGAUGCAACAUCAAUGCAUGCCAGGCCUGAUAUAGCAGCUCAGCAGAAAAUGGUGGAUGAUGGGUCCGGUGAGGCUGAGGUAUGGAGAAUACAGGACAAUGAACUAGUUUCUGUAGACAGAAAGUGGCUGGGGCACUUCUAUGGUGGUGACUGCUACCUCAUUCUCUACAAAUAUGAAGUCAACAACAAAAUAUACUACAUCCUGUACAUGUGGCAAGGUCGUCAUGCAAGCACAGCAGAACUGACAGCAUCUGCAUAUCAAGCAGUCAUUCUGGACCAGAAGUAUAAUGGAGAACCAGUGCAAGUUCGAGUGCCUAUGGGGAAGGAGCCCAUGCACCUUAUGGCCAUUUUCAAGGGCAAGAUGGUUAUUUAUGAGGAAGGUAGUGCUAAAGACGACUCCUCUUAUGGUCCAUCAGGACCAAGACUGUUCCACAUUCAUGGCUCAAAUGAGUUCAACACACGUGCAGUCGAGGUGGCCGCUCGCUCUUCCUCACUCAACUCCAAUGACGUGUUUGUGCUCAGCACCCCCAACUGUUGCUUCCUGUGGUAUGGAAAGGGCUGUAGUGGGGAUGAAAGAGAGAUGGCUAAAUCUCUGGCUGACAUCAUUUCCAAGAGAGAGAAGCAGGUCAUAGCAGAGGGUCAGGAACCUGCUGAAUUCUGGGUUAACCUUGGCGGAAAGUCUCAGUAUGCCAGUGGCAAAAGACUGCAGGAUGAAACCACUCAGAUCACUCCCCGCCUCUUUGAGUGCUCUAAUCAGACUGGCACAUUCAUUGCAACUGAAAUUACAAACUUUAACCAGGCUGACUUGGAUGAGGAUGACAUCAUGUUGCUAGAUACCUGGGAUGAGAUAUUCUUGUGGAUUGGUAAAGGAUCAAAUGACAAAGAGAAGACAGAUUCUGUUAUUACAGCACAAGAGUACCUGAAAAGCCAUCCUGCUGGACGUGACUCAGACACCCCAAUCAUAGUGGUCAAGCAGGGGUUCGAGCCACCGACCUUCACCGGCUGGUUUCUUGCCUGGGACCCUUACAUGUGGAGCGGUGGAAAGUCCUAUGAGGAACUGAAGUCUGAGCUUGGAGAUGCAACAGAGGUUAUUAAUAUUACAGUGGACCUGACAAACUCUCACACCAACUCACACCAAGUGAAUUCUGGAAAGGUAUCCAUGUCCCCCAGUACACUGCCACAAUAUCCAGCGGCAAACUUGGUGAACUGUUCAAUAGAGAGCCUGCCUGAAGGUGUCGACCCUGCCAGAAGAGAGGAAUAUCUCUCAGAAAACGACUUUGCUUUAGUCUUGGGUGUUGCACGAAUGGAUUUCUACUGCAUGCCCUUGUGGAAACAAAAGAACCUGAAGAAAGCGAAGGGCCUGUUUUAAGAGAUACAACAGGAAUCAUCAUGAAUGUGUAUUUUCCAGGCACUCACAUUACACAACAGUGUACAUGACUUGGCCAUAUUGUGAAAUUAGGAAUCUGUUUGUUUAUGUUCAUUUUAUUAUAGAAAAUGAAGUAACUUAAUGCAAUGACUUUUUUGGCAAAUUUGAAACUAAUAAAUCUUUUAGACUAGUUUGACUUUUAUAUAAAUUGUUUAAUUAGAUAUGUGAUAAAUGGAUAGAAAUUUAAUAGACUAUUUAAGAAAAACGAUUUGGUUGAUAGGCAGCUUUUUCACGGCAUUGUCUUUCUGACAUUCAUGAAUUUUUUCUGAGAUAUUUGAUGAAUCUGCAGUUUCACUCAAGUCCCUUAGCUAUUUUAAGGACCUAUAAAUAUCAUUGUAAUGAUUGUUAUGCAAAUAAAUAUUUAAUGUACAGUAAAAGAUAUAAAAUUAUACGAUACAACUGCCAGUAAAAUACCACUAUUAAUAUAGUAAUAAUACAAAAUGUUCUCAUGUAAAAAAAAUAUUCAUUACUUUUUUAACACAAGCACAGAUUCAAAGGUAGAACUUGAUGUCCCUCCUUUAGUGCCCUCUUUUCCUGGUUACACACCCUAUUAUUAUUUGAACAUGCAAAUGAAUGUGUGUGCAUGUGGUGUAUAAUCCUGACAGUCUGUAUUGUUCUUUUUUUUUUUUGUUACUAACAUAAAUCAGUCAUUAAAGGACCCCACACAGGCUCAUAA